AUGAACCUUGUAGCAAAGUCUUUAAUUUGUGAGCUUAACACAAAAUCAGGCAGUAGCACAGAUCCAGAACUAGAUAAACUUACCAGGAAUAUAGAGAUUGAGGAUACUCAAAUGGCAGAUGAAGAUCCAAACAAGGACCAGGAAAGCAAAGAUGAUGAUGGGGGCUGGGUUGAUGAAUUACAGCUGUUGAAAGAGGCUGAGUGCAAGGAACUGAUAGACAGUAUCUGUCUAGUGAAGCCUGUCUUAGUGAAGCUAUGGAAACUUGCAUUCAAAAUCAUCCAUUCAAUGACUAUUAUUCUGCCUGUGUGGAAACAGGUCAUCAAGGACUUGGAUCUUAAUGUAUGA